GUCAACGGCGCGACCUGGCAGCCAUCUCCAGAUGGAAAAGCUGCUCUUCCCAGAAGGAUGCUGUCAACAGGGACUGGCUCCUUUCUCGCUGCAGGUGUUCCCUCUGCCCCAUGCCAAAUGCAAGGGUGCCUUUCCCGCGGCGCCCGAGGAUGCUGCCCUGACACCCGCAUCCCCGGGCAGGUGGCCCCGCGGUCCCAAGCAUGGCUGUGUCCCCCGGAGGGAUCCCCACGGAGCUGCAAGAGGGCAUCACCGCCUUCCUGGGGACAAAGAAGGUGCUCCUGGUGCUGAGCAUCCAGCUGCAGGUGAAAUCCAAGUAUGAUGACUUUAUCUUGGUCCUGACACCCUGGCGAGCCUAUGUGCUGCCUGUGAUGCUGCCCGUGAGGGUUCACAGCAGCUUCAGCUUCCUGGAGGUGAGGGAGAUGACAGUCCAAGAGCCCAGUGUGGUUGUCAUAGAAACAGAUGCAGCGUCUUAUGCCUUCCGGUUCAUGUCCUUGGAUGAUUUGGAGCAAGUUGUUAUCCAUGUCACCAUGUCACUUAGGAAGGUCUUUCCAGACUCAUCCCUUGGGACACUGCUCAAGAACUGCCCCCCCAGCCUGUAUGAGAGGAUCCAGCAGAUCACAGACUCUCUGGAGGAAAUGCUGCAGAGCAACCCUGGGCCUUGUGGGGGGUUUUCGGAGACCUACGCUGCCCUGUGUGAUUACAACGGCUUUGCCUUCCGCGAGGAGAUCCAGUGGGACGUGGACAACAUUUACCACAGCCAGGACUGCCGGGAAUUCAACCUGCUGGACUUCAGCCACCUGGAGAGCCGGGAUGUGGCUCUGAGUGUUGCUGCCUUGUCCUUCAACCUGUGGUUCACCAAGCUCUCCUGCAAGGAUUUCAGGCUGAAUCAGGAGAUUUCAGAGCAGCUGCUCUACAUGCUCAGCAAGUCAGUGGCACUGGAGGAGCUGGUGCUGGAGAACAGUGGGCUGAAAGCUGACUUUGUGCAGAGGAUGGCCCAGGCGCUCAGCAGCCAUCCCAACUCUGUCCUGCACACCAUCAACCUCUCUGGCAACCAGCUGGAAGACAGAGGGGUCUCUGCCUUCAGCCGGCACGUGGAGAAGAGUUCCAAGGGUCUGCAGAGCCUCAGCCUGGCCAGGACAAUGCUCACAGCCAAAGGGAUGAGCACGUUAUGCAAGGCCCUCACAGAUAACAAAGCCACUGGAUUCUCCCUCCGGCACCUGGACCUCUCUGGAAACCCUGGCACCCUGGCUGGGGACGACAUCAGUAACCUGCAGAGCCUCCUCCAGCAUUGCCACUCGCUCUCCCACCUUAGCCUGGCUGGCACAGACUGUCCUUUGGAUGCUCUCUUUGGAGCCCUGCUCCACGGAUCCCACACCAGCCUCGUCCACCUGGAUCUCUCCAAAAACGUGUACUCCCACAAGAGGGUGAAAUCCAUCUCCCCUGCCAUCAAGGAGUUUUUCAGCCAGGCCUGCUCCCUCAGCCAUGUCUCCCUGGCAGGUACCAGGCUGCCAGCUGACGUUGUAAGGGCGUUGCUGCAAGGGCUGGCAGACAACAGUCACAUCAGUGACCUGCACCUGGAUCUCAGCAGCUGUGAGCUGAGAUCAGCGGGGGCUCAAGUCAUCCAGGAUCUCAUCCCUGAUGCCAGCUCCAUCAGUCACCUGGACUUGUCUGACAAUGGCUUUGACCCCGACAUGGUGACACUGGUGCUCUCCAUUGGCAGAAGCAAAUCCAUUAGGCACGUCUCCCUGGGGAAAAACUUCAACAUCAAAUCCAAGGAAGGUCUGUUGGAUGUCCUGCACCGCAUUGUCCAGCUCACCCAGGAGGAGGAUUGUCCUCUCCAGUCACUGUCUGUGGCUGAAUCACGCCUCAAACUGGGAACCAACGUCCUGCUGAGUGCCCUGGGCAGCAACACCAGCCUGGUGUCCCUGGACAUCAGUGGCAACGCCAUGGGGGACACGGGGGCCAAGAUGCUCGCCAAGGCCCUGCAGAUCAACACCAAGCUCAGGACUGUGGUUUGGGACAGGAACAACACAACAGCCCAUGGGCUUCUAGAGGUGGCUCAAGCUUUGGAGAGGAAUUUCACGCUCAAGUCGAUGCCGCUGCCGAUGAGCGACGUGGCGCAGGCCUACCGCAGCAGCCCCGAGAGGACGGAGGAGGCCGUGCACAAGCUCCAGUCCUGCCUGACGAGGAACCAGCUGCGGCAAACGCUGCCGGCACAGACCUUGCGGCUGCAGCAGGGCAUCCUCACCACCUCCUCUGAGCAGAUGGUGAAUGAGAUCUGCCUGAGUGUGCAGAAGUACGUGGACAUCCUGAGCACCUGCACGGGCAGGGAGGUGGAGACGGACAUCCUGUGUGCCGAGGAGGCCAUCAGGAAUGCCAACCUCUGCGUCAGCAUCCUGCCCCUCUUGUAUGAAGCGGGAAACACCCCCUACCAGAAUGGCAAGCUGCAGCACAAGCUGGAGUGUCUCACGGAGGAAGCAUCACAGACCUGCAGCCGGGAAAUCCAGGCAAUCAUGCAGGCGGUGCUGGACACGGCCCACAGCCUGUGCCCAGCUGUGGUGCAGAAGAGCGGGGUCAGGGAUCAGCUGGUCAAUGCCAUGUCGGAGAGGAUCUGCCUCCAGGACCACCUCAGCCUCAGCGCUGUCCUGGACCAGAUGGUCACUGAUGUCUUCAGCAAGCUGAAUGAAAUCAAGCUGUCCGUCACAGCCGCUGUAGCCAACUGCGUGGUGGAUGCCGUGCUGGGAGACCUGACCAUUGUCCAGUGCAAACUGGCAGAGAGCCUCUCCAAGCAGGGGCUCGACCUCCUGGUGCUGCUGCCGGAGUCGGCUGAGGACGAUGCCACCGCGCUGGCGAGGAGCAGGAAUCCUCCGGACCUCGCUGCAGAGGAGUACAAGAUGGCCCUGCGGAGGAGAAACAAGCACUUCAGGAGCAUUCGGCCCACACCAACUGUGAGAAGUGUCUCGGAGCUGGAGCCGGCAGCGGGUCGAGACGCCAGCGGGCUCCGAGCUCACCGGGCGCCGCCGUCACUCAGCCCCGCCGCGCCGCCGGCACGCCCUGCCUCCACAAAGGAUGCUGAGCCUGCGAGCGGCUCGCUCUCCGCCACGCAGCCUGCCACCGCCACCGGAUUCCUUAUGGACCUGCCGACCGCCGGCGAGAAGCUGGAGCAUUGCACCAAAGCCAGGCCCCGGCCCAACCGCCGGCACAAGCAGCCGCCCAGCAAGCCGAAUGUGCAGCCCGUGGCCUGUGAGAACAGCGAGGACAGGAGCAUCACCCGCGUGGACGAGGGGCUGGAGGACUUCUUUGCCAAGAGGCUCAUCACAGAAACACUGCCCCCCACAACUCCGGAGACCUGCCUGGGAUCAGCCCCUCUGGCUCCCUCUGGUUCCCGCACCCUCAAGAAGAAAAUUGGGAAUUUUUUUGCCUUCAAGAAACCCAAAUCCAGCCGGGGCUCGAGGUGUGAGAAGGAGCCCGAGGGUGGUCCCACUGCCCCUAGGAGCAGGCGCUCGAUGCUCAGUGACAUUUUACGAGCCCCCAGCAAGGCAGGCGAGUCAGGGAAGCCGCUGAGUAAAUCAGAGGAGGGGGGGCUCUCUACCGAGCCCCAAGCAGAGCCUGAGCACUGCCAGACUCCUGACUCUGCCCGGAGGAUCCGGCCCAAGUACUCACGGGAGGGCAAAUCCCAGUCACUCAUCUUGCUGUCCGGGGAGGAUGAAGAUGCGCUGGGGGUCAGGCAUGACAAGAAGAGGCACCUGGAGAAGAGCGAGGGGGAGUUGUCCAGCUCCUUUGAGCAGCGCAUGCAGGUCAUGCUCCACCGCAUCGGCGUCACCAAGGGCCCGGCUGCUGAGAGCAAGAAGCAGCAGAGCAAAGACAGCGAGAUCAAGAAAGCCGGCUCAGAUGGGGACAUCGUAGACAGCUCUGCAGACUCGCCCCCAUCCCUGAAGGCCCGCACACACUCUGUGUCCACAGACGCACCCUUCCGCAGCCCAGCCGCCAGGACGGAGCCCAGCGCCGAGCCCCGGCCAGCCUGGAAAGCCCUGGGAAGGCAGCUGCCCGCUGAGCCACUGGCCACCAGCUCCGACCAGCCCCGGCGCUCCUUCACCCUGGCAGAGCCCAGCGGGCUGCUGGAGCCCGGGGGCCGGGAGGGCUGGAGCAGCAGCCUGCCACGGCUGGGCAGGAACGUGCCGGUGGCACUGCCACGGAGGGUCAGCCAUGGUGGGGAGGUGGGUGCUGGCACCCCGCCCACACCACUCAGUACUGAAGACAACCGGCUGAUGGCACGGCUGGCAGCGCCACGGGGGACCGGCCGCCGAGCAUUGUCCAUCCAUGAGGAGCAGCUCAGGGAGCCCGAGUGCCCGGCAGAGCUGGGAGUGGGCACCGUUCCCCUGCGCCUGCGGCGUUCGCCUGUGCUCAGGCACAGGACCAAGCACGAGUCCCUCUCAGAGAUGGAGGGUGAGCCUGGACCAACCUCGGAUGCUGAAGGUGCCACACUGCAGGACUGGCCCCGUGCCGGGCUGGAGGAGCCGCAGGCUGGCACAGGCACUGAGGGUGAGCAGCCGCAAGCCCUGGCACAAACUGUUGGGAAUGCACAAGACUCAGCUGCCGUAGACCAAAGACGCCCAGUGCCAGGCCGGGAGGAGCCGGCCCUGGGACAGUGAAGCCCCUGCAUGUCACCAGGCUGUUCCCAAUAAAACCCUGCAAGCAAGUGCACCGUGCCGGGGUGUUGGCAGCUGGGGUGCAGAGAGGACAGACGGGGCACCAGGCUGGCGUGGAUGUGCCAAUGGUUGCAUCGCCCAAUUUUCGCCAUAGGGACAGCCGGGCCACCAGCAUUGCCCAGGAUGCCCAGGGACUGUCAGAGCCUGCAGGAUGCAUCCAGUGGUGUGGCAGUCCCCAGUGCCCCUCUGUCGCUGUGGGCUGCAGCGGGGGAGCCGGUGAUUUUAGGCAGCCAGCUAUUUUUAGGAAGCGUUCCCAAGGCACUUCCACCACUCCAGCUCCUGACCCCAUGGGGUACUGCUCUCUCCAGCCCCCGCCAGACACAGGCUUCCAUCAGCGGGACACGACCCACCGCCUUUCAGCACGCAGCUCCAUCCCCGCAGCUCCCUGAGGCACCAGCGUGAUCCUGACACCCCCGUGGCUUUCUCCUGUGUUGCCCUCUGCUCCGGACCAAACGCAUUCCUCACACGGAUGUUUACGACAAAGCAAGAUGCUUGUUUUGGUUUUUUUUUUUCUUUUUUUCUUUUUUUUUUUUUUAAUACAAGAGCUGUGUAUUUAAAAAAUAUACAAUUUUUAAUUUCUACAGCAUAACCCUGCGGGAUAUUUUUUGUAAUAAACAGUGCAGGACCCAACUCAAACUUAUUCAAUAAACCAUCCAAGCUCCUG